GUUUUGCCAGCCUGGAACUCUGAAAUCAAGGCCUGCGACAAUGGCUUUGCAGGCGCCCUCGCUAUUAGCACAAUUGCCGCGUCCCUUAAGCGGAGGCGCGGGCAAAUGCCAGUUUUCGGAGGUGUACAGCCUCGCCGGAAGUAAGAAAAGAAAGCGAUAUGAAAUUGCUGCUGCUAUUGAUGGCGAGAGUGUGAAUAUAUACAAUGUUCAAUUUCCGAAACUGAUAUCGUCCUAUGCGAUUCCGCCCCAAUCCUCCAUAUCAUGCGCACCUUGCUCUGUAAAAGAGAAAUCAGCGGCGACAUCCACGGUGAAAAGAUACACAUAUUGCUCCAUGAAUAAGCCAGAGAGGCAAAUUAGAUGCUUUGUUGAAGAAUUCAGCUCGUCGGAACGAGGUUCAGCUAAUUUUUCGACCUUGGUCUCUUCCUUGGAAGACAGUGAGAGCCCAGUGGUUUUCACGACUGUGGUGCCUACAGCUCAGGCUCUGAAAGGUCAAGAAGCAGCAUUCGAUCUGAUUACAGUUCACGAAAAUGGCAGAGUACAGAAGCUAUCGUCUGAUCUCAAAACCCAAAGGUGGAGCAUCUUGCACCCAGCGUACGAGAGUUCCGGGGAAUAUGAAGUGCGCACAUGUUUUGUUGUGAGCUUCGAAGAGGCUCAAAAAGCCCUCUUUAGGAAAAGACAGGAUUUGAUUGCCUCCAUACUGGGUGACGGACGUGGAAUUGGAUCCGAGAUCUCCUCGAUUUUGAUGGUGGUCACGCAUCCUCGUCAAGCGAAGACUCUGUUACCAAGUGAGGCAUUAGUACAUUUGUUCUCAAUAUCCCCUCAUGAUUGGACGAAUGGCUUUGCCGCGAAUGGGAGCCAACAGCUGAAGCAUCUAAUGAAGAUGACAUUACCAGACAUACCUGGACAAGCGCCCCUAGAUGCCGACAAUAUUAAUUGGGUGUUAAACUUAAAUCAAGCUGAGCUCUCGCUAUCGUUUGAUCGAGGCUAUAUCAGUUACAAUAUAUCGCAUUAUACUCCGGAGGUAGAUUCUCAUAUGAUCGUUAACAACGCCACCUUCUCUUCUGUCAUGCGAAUCUCCCAGCGAUUAGUUAUCGGCGCAAAUCAGUCAACAGUUUCCUUAUAUGACGCGAAAUAUCGAUCGUUGCAGGCGGAUCUUCCCAUAGCAGAAAUUUCACAUGUCAGCUCCAACAAGCAAAUGGAUACGCCUUCGUCUCUCGAGUUCAUAACCUAUUUCUCGAAAUCCAGCGUGGCAGUGGCAGACUACGGGAGCAACUUACUCGCUUUUGAUCUCACGACGAUGCAGAACUGGGGCGAGUCCUCCCGGAAGAGGCAAAGGGCCGGUUUACUCAUCGACUCAAUUGGAAAAGGGGUAGCAGUUCUUGACAGAGAAACAAAACGACCAGCGUUGGACGGCAAUUCAUUGCAGUGUAUGACGCCGCUUGGGCUCACGGAUAAAGCCGUUGCCAAUAAAUGGGCUCAAAUAAUGUCGGAGCUGGAUUCUGCAGUGAGAGCGAAGGAUCCUGAAAAGUUCGACCAGAUUAUGAAAACGACGUUCUGGAAUUCUUUAACCCCCGGUGCUGAUGAGAAGCCUAAAGGUUUCCCUCAUGUGAAGGAAUACAUUGACUUGGAAAGGAUCUCAUUCUUGCUCUCUAAAAUUUUCUCUCUGCGAUCUGAGGGCGAGUCAAACACACCCAAACUCGCCAUCAGCUUCGUACCCUUCGAGACUUUACAAUGGCUGGUCAAUUCACGGCAUUUGAGUUUGGGAAAUAUUCAGGUUGCUCUCCGUGGCUCUAAUCCUGACCGAAUUCUUCCCACGAUGCCAGAUGGCUCUUUGGUUCGGGCACUUGUGCAGUCAGGCCGUUCAAUAAAAAUGCUACUCCUUGUUCUACGUGGGCCGGUUCACUUAGACACGAUGGAGCUUGGUCACUCUUUGAAGCUGCUCCUGGAGGUUGCACGCUCUCAUUCCACUAACUCAGCAGAGCCUCCCAAGGCUCUUACCGAGUCCCCUCAGAAGCGAUAUGCGAACGCGACCGCAGAAGUGACGCCCGCAACUCCCAAGCAGCCACGUGGAUCCGAGUCGGUUUUAACAGACGCAGUAUCCGGCUUAAACUUGACGCUCUUAAAACUCCAUUCUCAUCCACUCGACAAAGUCACACAUUCAAUUAGAUCUGUCCUUUCCAAUUCCGACAUCCUUUCCAUAAUUCACCACCUCCGCCAUUCCCUGGCCGCCGGCGGCUACACAUCCCGAUUUACAGAAGACCCUCCGCCUGCAUUCUCCAGUUCCAAGAUCCCUCGUCUCCCUCUCUCCGCUAUCGUGGAGCUCUUAAAUGCCUGUAUGGAUGCCGUAGGACCAAGCGGGUGGGUAUCAGCCGCUGGCUUUGCCGGAGGAGAAGGCAGCGAGGCGUCCCUAAUCGCGGAUAUGAAAUCGGAAGUAUCCGCUGCCCUCGCUGGUGUCGAAGAAGCGACGUAUCUAAAGGGUAUUCUACGCGAAUUUAUCCGUUGCUGCGAAACGGCGAAGAAGAUCACUCAGCCCAAGGCAGAGCAACGUAACAAGAAAGACAAAGUAUCGUCGUCCGAAGAAGUCGGCUGGCGUGUCAAACGCACGGAGCGCGUCAAUGGCGCCCAGAUAUUAGUAUAUGACGAUGUUGCGGACUCGUCCGGGCUCUUGAACACUGACUCGAAGAUUCUCCCUCUCUCCUUGAAGUUGACCACUGCCAGUGACAUGGCUGCUGAAGAGCCAAGUAAGACCAAGGUGAUCAAGUCGACAGGCGAAGUGAAGAAGCGAAGUCAGCGUGAUCUCAGUUACCUCAAGGGCAAAGCUGUUGGGAAAUAUUCUUUUGAGCGGAUUAUUGUAUAAACAAAUAGGUGCUGCCAAAAGUUGGGUGUAUGGAUGUGUACAAAGUAUGCUUCUAGAUUAUGGCGUGGAGUAGUGAGCAAUAAUGAUGAUAAAAUUUACCCUUUUUGCCCCUGCACGUUUGCGAUGUAUUUUGGCGCAAUAUUGGCCUUGAUUUUCUCCUGCUGAAGAUAUCAUGGUUUACCA